AUGAAUGAAUCCAUCAACAAUCUUAUUCUUUUCUUCCAGAUUAUCUCCUUUUCUCUUUCUAUCAGAUACUCUUCCUGUCUAUAUCCUUUAUAUUGCUUUCUUCUUUUUUUCUUCUACUGUUCUUCCUUCUCCGACAUUCCUUACAUUCACCCUCCUCAUUCUUUUGUUCUUCGUAAUCAUAUCUCUCUUCCUAUCAAUUUAUUUUUUCUCUCUCCUCAUUUUUUUUACUCCUAUUCAUUAUCUCUUCUUCUUUACUUCUCAGUCAAUCUCCCUUUCCAUAUCCUUAAUACUGCCUUCUUUUUCUACUUUUCCUCCUCCUCCAAGAUUUAUUUUUCUCUCUUUUCUCUCCUCUUAUUCUUUUGUUCCCACUCAUCAUCACUUCUUCCCUUCCUAUUAGUUGAUCUCCCAUUCCAUAUCCUUACUUCUUUUUCUAGUUUUCCUAGUUCCUCCUCCUCUUUCAACAUUCAUUUUCUUUUUCUCCUCCACUCAUCUUAUUCUUAUGUUCAGACAAAUCAGUCCCUCUUCCUCUCACUUGAUAUUCCUUUCUAUAUCUUUAUUAUUACCUCCUCCUCCUUUUUUUCUUUUACUUGUCCUUCUCUAACAUUUCUUUCUUUUUCUUAUCCCUAUUCUUAUUCAUUUGUUCACAGUAAUCUUCCCUUUUUCUAUAUUCAUUAG